AUGUGGGAACCUGUUUCUAUCCCUUUCCAAAGCGAUGCUUUGUCUCUGCCUCUGCCUCUGCCCACUGCAGAUGAGAUCCGGACUUGCCCCAACAUCUUAUGGGAAUGCUACUCCUCUAAAGUUGUAGCAGUGAAUGAUGCGGUUGUUGUCAAAUUUGGUAGGAUGGUAGACGCUAGCGAGGGCCAGGCAUUGAUUUACCUCGAACGAUAUGCUCCGGAGAUUCCAGCUCCUCGAUUGUACGCAAUGUUCAAGGAGUCUAACGAGCUUUCCUUAAUAAUGCAGCGAGUACCCGGAAUACCGCUUGAUAAAAUCUGGCCAUCAUUAACCGAGUCUGAGAAAAAUGAUAUCUCAACUAAACUCCGUCAAAUAUUUGAUAAUACCGCCAACCGAUACCUGGGACCUUUCUACAGUGAAGCUGCUUUUAUUGCCGGCUUUAUUGGAAACCAUAGAGCGGUGGUCAGAUGUAGCGAUCGACCAGACUUCAAAGUCCGUUUCUAUGAAACUUACCUCCCGCGUGUGCUCCAAGGACACCGACCUACAUUAACGCAUGGAGAUGUUCAACGGAAAAAUAUUUUGGUUGCGGAAAAUCCAAACCACAUAGAUGACCAAAGUGGUCGAUCCUUCGAUAUUGUACUUGUGGACUGGGCAAAUGCAGGUUGGUACCCAGGUUACUGGGAGUUCUUUCGUGCCGCAUCCCCAAUGGGAUUUGAAUACGGUGAAGAUGACUGGUUCUGGCGAGCACAAGAGUUUCUACAGGUGUGGCCUGCUGAAUUGGCUUUAAUGAGAAUGAUCGACAAGGAUAAUCGGGGUUAUUAA